CAACAUAACUGAAGAUGUAAAUGUCAUAAGUGUUAUUGACACAACUCUUCCUGAUGGCCUGAGCGGCGAUUGGUUUGGAUGGGGAUCAUCACACGAUACAGUUGGAACAUUAACUCAAGUCGUACAAACCGCCGUGUGUAAUAAGAAUGACUCUGGGAUUAUACUUAACAGCGGAGAGAUUUGUGCGUCACCACAGACGGAUUUUGAUGAUACUGGAGGCGCCCUUGUUAUAUCAUCAGCCGGAGAAGCAUGUCAGGUAGGCGUAUCUCAACUAAACAUCGUUGACCAAAGUGACUCGUCGGCUGUUACACCAUACAGUGAUGUUUCUCAGUCAGGAAUAUUAGUGGAUAUGCUAACUACAUUUAUAUCUGACCAUCCAUGUGAUACAUGUGGCAGUGCUAGUGUUAGGAUAUGUACUUUACCUGCCCCACCAACUACUCCACCACCACCAUCUACAACGCCUUCUCCUACAACAACCCCUGAGCCAACGACAACAACUACGACACCAAGACCAGUAACAACACUACCACCUGGACUGCGUCAUCCUUGGGUUGUCCGUAUUGAAAAUGCCAACAAGAUUUGCUCAGGGGUCAUCAUUUCAAGUUGUCACGUAUUAGCACCAAGUAUAUGUGUUAGGAAAAACCAGGGAAUUAUGGUCUAUGCUGGGCAACAUAGAAAAUCGGACGAGGCUCAAAUUCGGCAAGAAUUCAACCCAGAUAAAAGAGAAAUCAAGGCAAUAAAAGCAUUAAGUUUGACAGCAUUCAAACUUGAUAAUUGUUUGGAUAUGUCAUUUAAAGAUGUAGAUGUGAUAAAUAUUGCUAGUAUUGCGGUAUCUGAUAACACUACUGUUGACUGGUGGGGAUGGGGAGUAUCUGAUACGAUAGGACACUUACAGAUGACUGUUCGAAGUGAAGAAUGUAUGGAAGUGUUUAGUGGCACUUGGGACCCACUUCAGCAAUGCGGGACACCACCGACAGACAAUGAGGAUGUUGGAGGCUCCAUUGUAAAAUAUGAUGAUUACGGUGAUCCAUGUUUGGUCGGAACAGCAGCAGCAAACAGAGCCCAGUUGGACCCAGUGACAUCUGAAGCGUUGUUUACAGUGACUCCAUUCACUGACGUGUCAAUCCCUGAUGUGAUCAAUGACCUUAGACUUUACGUAGCAAGCAAUCCAUGUACCGAGUGUAAUGAAACUCCAUCAAUCAGGAACUGUCGAUUCGAGCUGCCACCUGGCGCAACCCCCUUGCCUCCACCUACCCUCCCCACUUCGAACUGUCCUUCGCUAGAUAUCAACAACAGUACCUACACAAUGGAGUGUAAGACGUUAGAAAGAUGUACUGCCAUUGUAACAUGCGAUAUCUGCCAUGAAAUAACAGGAUAUGGAAAGAGAGAAUGUAGCAAGGGAAAAUGGGAUAAGCUUAUCACAAUAUGCAGCCCAACGGAUGAUACAUGUAUGACUGAUGAUGACUGUGUCAGUCGCUACAACACAAGCCGACCUGUUUGUAAAGAUUGUCGGUGUACGUGCAUUGACGAUUACGAUUGUCGAGGAUUUAGCCCUGACGGCGGAGUUUGUGAUAUCAAGGCUGAAAUUAUAGAAUGCAAGCUGAUGUGCCCAUAUCUCAAAGCACCGGAAAAUGGAUCAAUCGUGUUUGAUCCUCCUGUCAUAGAAAACAACGCCAACUACACGUUUUCAUGUGAUCCUGGAUUCGAGUUGUUUGGCUCUGAAUCACGUGUGUGCAUGAACAACACUUGGGAUGGGAAGCUAACCGCCUGUGUUCCGGCUAAUGAUGAAUGUGAAAAUGUGACUUGUGAAAAUGGUGCAAAUUGUAUUGACGGACCUGGUUUCUUUACAUGUAACUGCUCCACUGGAUAUACGGGGACUUUCUGUGAAAUAGACAUAGAUGAAUGUGCCAGUUCGCCAUGUAUGAACAAUGCAACCUGUAACAACUUGAUAGGCAGGUUCAGCUGCAAUUGUACUGCUGGAUGGAUUGGGGAAUUUUGUCAAGGAGAAGAUAUUUGUUACAGAGACGAUCCCUGCGUUAAUGCAGGAACAUGUGCCAAUAUAUUAACCUCAUAUGUAGUGCCUCUUUGUGAGGAAAAUGCACUAAUAUGUAAAGAAUACGGCACCACUCUUCCAACAACCGUAGCCUAUAUUGCACCUUGUAAUGAAACUGCUGCAAACUGCACCACUGUUGAAACAAUGAUGAACUUCACCUUAACGACGGGAAAUUCCUCCAUAACGAGAAAUAUUACCAAUAUGACGACAACGGUUCCCAUGACAACGGGAAAUAUGACCAUGACAACAAGUGGGUUUUUGUUAACAACUGCAACGCCAGUGCCGUGUAAUUCAACAUUAGAAAAUUGCACAGAAGUGUCAACAACAAACCCAUGUAAUUCAUCAAUUGAGAAUUGCACAGAAUUUUAUACAACUACAAGACCGUGUAAUUCAUCUGUUGAGAAUUGCACAAAGUUGGUCAAUACAACAGAGAUGAUGCCGAUGUGUGAUUAUGCAUUGGCUGAACGAUGUGCCAUUUUGGAUCCUAACAGUACAUUUUCCUUCCAAUGCACAUGUCUGCCUGGAUUUACAGGUGUUCGUUGUGAAACAGAUAUCAAUGAGUGUGAAAGCUCACCGUGUUUGAAUAACGGCACAUGCGUAGAUCUGAUUGACAUGUAUGAAUGCAACUGCACCUCUGAUUGGAACGGCACACAUUGCGAGAAUCUACUGAAUGAUUGCUUUUUUCUGCCAUGCAAAAAUGGUGCUACAUGUAUUGAUGGUGUCCAGUCCUACACAUGUAUAUGUCAUGAAGAUUAUACAGGCGAAAAUUGUACAGAGCUAAUAGAGAUCGACGAAUGUGAAAGUAAUCCCUGUCAGAAUAAUGCAACUUGCUGGGAUGGACGUUUCUUAUACACCUGUACCUGCCCUCGUGGAUGGGAAGGGGUCAAUUGUGAAAAUAGGACUGAGCCACCGCCCGAUUGCCUUCCUCUGGAGACACCAACAGACGGCUAUGUGAUACACAGGGGAAAUGGCAGUACAGGGACUAAUACGACGUUUGGAUGUGAUCCUGGUCAUUUACUAGUUGGAUCCAGCACACGUGUUUGUAUUGGUAGAAAUACUAACAAGUGGUCUGGCUACAAAAACAACUGUGCCAAAUGCUGUGAUGAUGCAUGUAACAUCACAGCACCAGCUAAUGCCAUGAUUGUUGCCAGUAGUGGAGGUUAUAUAGGUCACUGGACUGGUCACAUGUGCCUCGAGGGUUACAUACAAGAGUCUGGUACAAAUUACAGAAUGUGUUUCGCACGUCCUAACAUGUGGACUGGAGAUGGGCCUAUCGUAUGCACUUCGCCCGAGGACUUCGUAUGUCCACCCGGAGAAACAAGAUUCUAUGAGAAUUACUACGAUUGUACUAGAUACUAUAGAUGCUUCAAUGGUCAGCUCUCUGAACUACAAUGUCCUUUCAAUUUGGCGUUCGACAUAAGGAGGGCGACAAAGAGGGGCACGAACGCAUAUAGUUGUACACAGCAAUUUAGAAUAGCAAACUGCCGUCAUACUUAUAAUAACAUUUAAAAGACGACAUUUCAGAUUCAGAUAGACUAUGAUGUUAAACAGAAUUUGUCCAGUAGUUGCAUAACAUCCAAACGCAUUAAUGACAGCUAUACGCAUUAAUCCAAAUGGCUCGAUAUUUUAAAAUAAAAAAAUGUUACUAAUGUCUCAUCAAGUCUCUGAACUACACAUCAUCGUGUAAUAUGC